CAUCACCCACGUUGCGACCAUCGAGACCCGUCGCCCACACCACGAUUCCCCACAAGACAACAGGUACAUCACCUCGCGCGCCAUCAUUCUACACGGGUCUCUAACAAGACAAGCAGUCCCGACAUCCCCAGGAAUCGCCUUUCAAUAUGUUCGCCCUUUCUGAAGAGUCUAAGGAGCGCAUUGGCAAGAUCAUUGAGAUCUCGCGCGUUGCCAUUCACUAUGGCUAUCUGCCUCUAAUCCUCUACCUUGGCUACACUCGCAGCGACCCCAGGCCAUCCGUCAUCCGACAUGUAGCGACAACCACCAACGUCUCUAUGACGAAAUCCAAAGAUGCGGGCCUCUCCCCCGCCCUCGUCGAGACGGUCGCCGGGCUCUCGGCCGGUUCCAUGGCCACCCUGAUCGUCCACCCCCUCGACAUCGUCAAGACGCGCAUGCAGAUCUACCGCACCGCCCUCUCCACCUCCACCACCGCCUCCCCGCCCACAACCGUCUCCCUCAUCCGCACCCUCGCCCGCACCGACCGCCCGCUCGCCGCCCUCUACCGCGGCCUGACCCCCAACCUCGUCGGCAACGCAACAAGUUGGGCCUCCUUCUUCUUCUUCAAAUCCCGCCUCGAGCGCGCCAUCGCCCACCUCCGGCCCCUCCCCCCCGGAACCACCACCCCCCCAACCAACCCAACCAACCCAACAACCCCGCAGGAAACAACCGCCCAAAUCAAGCAGCGCCUCACCCCCCUCGAUUUCUUCGCCGCCUCCCUCGGCGCCGGCGCCCUCACCCAGGUCCUCACCAACCCGAUCUGGGUGCUCAAGACCCGCAUGCUGUCCUCCGACCGCGCCGCCGCGGGCGCCUACCCCUCCAUGUGGGCCGGCGCCGCCCGCCUGCUGCGCGAGGAAGGCCCGCGCGGCUUCUACCGCGGGCUCGCGGUCGGCAUGCUCGCGGUCAGUCAUGGGGCCGUGCAGUUUGCGGUCUAUGAUCCGGCGAGGCGGUUGUAUGUCGCGAGGAGGGGGGGGCGGGUGGAGGGGAGGGGUGGUGGUGGUGGUGGUGGUGGUGGUGGUGGUGGGGUUGGGGGUGGUGCUGGUGCUGGUGCUGGGGGGGAGGGUGUGGUGUCGAAUGAGGCGACGGUUGUGUUAUCGACUGCGUCGAAGCUUGUUGCUGGUGCUGCUACGUACCCGUUGCAGGUGUUGAGAAGCCGGCUGCAGCAGCAUGAUGCUGAGGCGCAGUUCGGGAGGGGGUUGUCUGGGGUGGUGAGGAAGUUAUGGCGGGAGGAGGGCGUGAGGGGGUUCUAUCGGGGUGUUAUGCCUGGUGUUGUUCGGGUGCUGCCCGCGACGUGGGUCACGUUUCUGGUGUACGAGAAUGUAAAGUAUUAUUUACCCCGGUGGGUGCAGGGCGGGGAGGGGAAAGCGAUCUUCUAGACUAGACGGCGGCGUUCUGUGAGGAUAUCCUGUGAUGAUAGACAUGUCAUCUUUAAACAACUUUGGGUUUCGUGUGAGCGGAAAACUGUGUGGAAACCAGCUCCGUCAACUGCCCGCUUAGUCUAUUCGUAUUUAUCUCCGUCCCAUGUCUCGUUCGGAGGCAGGGCCUGUACCCGUUGAGGGG